AUGGGGCGGCAGGAACCUCUCCUAUCAUACAACACCACGCGGUCAUCAAGAACCAAAGGCGCAAAUAGACCAGCCAAGGGAGGACUGCUCUCUCAGCUUCACAAUAGCACGCAUCAUGAGCCUCCCUCUUCACCAAAAUUGACACCACGAAAAGCCCUUUUAGCUAUCUUUUUGGCACUGCUUGGAUUGAGCUUGCUACAUCGGCCAGUCAGUAACCGCUAUAAUGGUGUUCCUCGCUAUGGAAAUGGUUUGCGAACGCCUGAGGAGCGAGCACGCCAUGUUCUCACCACCACUCCAUUGAUUGAUGGUCAUGUUGACUUUCCCAUAUUAUUGCGCUUCUUAUAUGGCAAUCAAAUCUACGAUGAGAACUUUACUCAGCCCUUUGAGCAAGGUGGGCUUCCAGGGCAUGUAGACUUGCAUCGUCUUCGCCAGGGCCAAAGUGGUGGUGCAUUCUGGAGUCUCUUUGCUCCUUGCCCAGCAAACGGUUCUGAUUUCUCUGAUGAAAACUACGCUCCCAGUGUUCAGUUUACACUGGACCAGAUCGAUGUCAUGACCAGGCUGCAGGCGGCCUAUCCCAAUCAUUUCUCUGGAAAGGUUGACAGCUCCAACGCGUUCCAGGCUUUCAAGCAGGGCAAGUUGAUAUCACCAUUCGGCAUUGAGGGCUUGCAUCAGAUUGGAAACAGGGUCUCCAAUCUUCGCAAGUUCCAUGACCUUGGUGUGCGUUAUGCUACCUUGACCCAUAACUGUCAUAAUAAGUUCGCCGAUGCUGCCAUCUUAGACAACCCUUCUCGCAAAGCUGAGCCUUUCUGGGGAGGUGUCAGUCCUCUGGGACGCAAGCUUGUUGAUGAGAUGAACCGUAUCGGCAUGAUUGUCGAUAUUUCACAUGUCAGUGAGGACACUAUGCUGGACGUUCUGGGUGGUAAAGAUGAAUGGACUGGCUCUGAAGCUCCUGUCAUCUUCUCUCACAGUUCCGCCUGGAGUGUCUGUCCCCAUCCCCGAAACGUCAAGGAUAACGUUUUGCAACUUGUCAAGGAGCACAACUCCCUUGUCAUGGUUAACAUCGCCCCUGACUUCAUUUCUUGCGUCGAUACAGGAAAUGAAAACGGCCUCCCUGAAUUUUACCCCAAAAACUCUACUCUUGCGCACGCAGCCCGACACAUCAUCUACAUUGGCAACCUUAUCGGUUAUGAUCACGUUGGUAUCGGUACCGAUUUUGACGGUAUCCCAACGGUCCCUGAGGGUCUCGAGGACGUCAGCAAGUAUCCCGAUCUGAUUGCCGAACUGCUUCGACAAGGUGUCAGUAAUGUUGAUGCGGCCAAGGUCGUUGGUGGUAACCUGCUGCGUGUAUGGAAAGACGUGGACACUGUGGCAGCUCGGUUACAGGCCAAGGGACAGCUGCCACUAGAGGAUGAGUUGCCGAAAAUGAAGUUCGAGGGCAAGCAAGAGGCUUUUGAGGGAGCUGUCUAA